GUAGAAGAACUAGGAAGCUUCGUAGCAAGCUUUUUCUUUGUAACCUUCGCUUCCACUUUGAGAUCAUUAGCUUCUUCACGAAGUAGAUUCGAACGAAGACUUGUAGAAACUCCGAUUUAGAGUCAACGGAAAACUCUAAAUUAAAUUCUCCCUUCCUUCGCCAUUUCUCUUCACUCUCCUACUCACUUCUUCUUCCUCUCCACCACGAAGCUUAUUGUGAAAAGAGAUGGCCAAUGGCCUCCUCCUUCCUCCUCAGAAUCUAUUGCCGGUUGGAUUCCGGUUCCAUCCAACAGAUGAGGAGCUUUUUAAUCACUAUCUGAAGAACAAGAUCGUGGGUGAGGAAUUCCUCGUUCAAUACAUCCGUCAAGUUGAUAUCUGCAACUAUGAGCCAUGGGAACUCCCUAGGCUAUCGAAUGAUCAAACAGGGGAUCAGCAGUGGUUUUUCUUUUCUGCUCAAGAUUUCAAGUAUUCCAAUGGCCGUCGAUCCAAUAGGGCCACUAGAACCGGCUAUUGGAAAUCCACUGGCAAGGACCGCAAAAUCUUGGCUCGUGGAACCAAAAACUUGAUUGGUACCAAGAAAACUCUUGUCUUCUACAGCGGUCGGGUUCCAAAUGGGGAUCGGACCAAUUGGGUUAUACAUGAGUAUCAUCUUCAUCCAGACCCUAACCUCGCUCAACUGAAGUCGUUUGUUAUUUGUCUCCUAAAGAGAAAAUGGGACGAGAGUGAUGUUUUGAUGUGUGAAGAAGCUGAACCAAAUGGUCUUUUGACUUCGAGCAAUUUACCCUCAGCGAACCAAAAUCAAGGGAUUCCAGGAAAUGGACAAUCAUUGUUUCAAUCAGAUCUCCAGGUUUCGGAUUACGAUGUUUCCGAAUUGCAGUCCCCUUUGUUUUCUGACCCUGAACCCACUUCAAUGGAUUUCCAAGUUAUCAAUAGCUAUUGGACUCACGUAAAUGGACCUACUGAUGAGGAUGUUAACUCAAUUCUUGUUGAUGAUGAAAAUUGUUACCAUGAAGGGACAUCAAAUAGUUCGAUCGGUGAUUUCAAUUUCAACUGGGAGGAGUUGUUUCGCUUGGUUAAUGAAGAUCAGGGCGGUGGAUUAAUCGGUGACACUGGCAUGGAUACGGCUUUAAGAUGGCAGUAUGAUCAUGCUUCUCACAGCGUUUUCAGUGAAAGUGCCUGUUCAAGGAUACAAACUAACGGUAUGCCGAUGAUUAAAGAAUCUCGUAGAAGCCCACUCACUUCAAAGAUCUUCAAGUACGGAGAGGCAAAAGAUAGACUUCAAACCAACUGCUUAUUGUACCACAGUGAUGACUCUGACAAGGAAACAAGAAAUUUCAGCUCUCAACAUCAACCUAAAUCCCAUAAGGUUCUAAACCAUGUAGAUGCUUCACAAAAUGUCCAAUCAAGGACGGAAACUCAACCCCAAGUAGUGCCAUCCCUUAGCAAGGCCGAAGUAGUUCCAAAACGAAUUAAAGUUGCCAGAGCAGCUGCAACUUCAAAUGAAGACUCUGUUGAAGACCAACAAAGUGAAGUUAAGAAUGGUGUUGUAGCCUACUGGUCAAAGUCAACUGGCCAUGGUUCUCCUGAGAGUGUAGGAAAGUGUUUCUCAAGUAUCUUGACUACAAAAUGCAUUCACCACAAAUUAAGUCCAGCCUCUUAUUUUGCCAGAGCAUGUGUAGGCUUCAUUUUGUUCAUUACAAUUGCAAGACAAGUGCUGCUGUAUGGAAAUUGAUGAUAAAGUUUUAUACCCAUACGGUGCAGGUAAUUAUACUCAUACUAGCAAGUUACCAUGUUUCCUUGUACAAAGAUGGUGUUCUGAUUGUUGAGGCCGAUUAAGGUUAGAAGAAGAGCCUGCUCUUCGUUCUCUGGGGGAUAGUUCCCUCUGUAUAUUUCUGUAUUUGGGUGGAUUGCUUCUGAUUGCAAUCAUGAGUUCAAUCCAUGGUGGUUAUAAGAUCAAGUGGGUGUCUUGUAAGAUUAGUUAAGGUGCGUGUAAGUUUUGUGACCCCAAUAUAGAAUUAUUAUGUGGGUCUUUUAUCUUCUUAUUCAGGAAGAAUAGGCAAUAAGUGAAUUAAGCCAAAUUUCAACUCAAAGUUACCAUCAAUAUUAGGAAAAGUAAUGUAAAGAAGUUGUUGGUACAAA